AUGGAUUCUGCUUCGAAGCUUGGAAGCUUAGAGGAGACACAAGAGCAGGAAGAUAGCGCGACAGAUGUUGCAGCGCGUAUGAUCAAAUCAUCCGGCCGGCCAAGCGAUGCCCUUAAAGCCAUAGAGUACGAUGUCAUCAAUAUCCUCUGGCGAGAUCCCAAACAUCCCGAAUUCUCCGAGAAAUCUGUCAUAGAGAAGGUCCAUACUUUCGGCGAUUAUAUUUUAGAGAUGUUGUAUAAGAGCAAAGACCUUAAGAGCAAGCUCGACGACGCGAAAAAGAAUGAGCCAGCUAAAGUGGAACCACUCAAAGCUGAUCUGGACAACACGCAUGACUCGAUACGUACUGGCAUUGAGGCUGCUCUCAAGUUUGGUGAUCCAUUCACCAUUACCCAAAUUGGUAUAAACAUUAGAUUUCUGGGCAACCUCUUCAUCCAACUUCGAACUUUUCUGGCCGCCGAAGACUGCAAUGGCCGCCUCCCAAAAGCUAUAUUAAAGCUACUUUCACUAUUUGUUACAGUGGAGAUUGACUUCUUGAAGGAGAGGAUUAAGUUUGACCGCGUCCGCCAGAAAUUCAAGGACAACCUUGAUGAAGAAUCCACCCAUUACAUAGAUUUGAUCUUCGAAAACGCCAAGAAGCGUUCUGCAUUGAAAACAGACGAGGCUCGGGAAGCUCGUGAGGAUGCUAAAAAGAUUGAUGAUAACAAGAAGGCCAGUCAAGGAUCUUCCAAGAAAUCAUCUUCGGGCACUAAGGAUACUGUUUCAGCUCCGCCCAAGGCACUCCCUUCCAAAAAUGAUGCUUUGUUGAAAAAGAACAGCGCGGAGAUUAAAAGGCCUAUUGACUAUUCUAGCCUGAGUUCGGCCAGAAAGCUUCCUAGCACAACUACGAAAGCGAGUCCCUCCCUUUCUACUUCUAAGAGACCUGGCGAUGAUGGUGUCGAUUCAAGAGUAUCAAAGAAACUUGCCGUUGAGAACGCAGCCGGUGCUCCGUCAACUGCUAAGACACCGUCUACCGCAACUCCUGCGGCUCCCGCGACUUCCACGAUUCCUACGACUUCACCGGGCGCACCAGUGAACACGCUACCUCGUUCUAGGCCUAGUGGCUCAAUGUUACCUGGCAGGCUACGGCAGGCUGCUAAGGUACAACCGAAGAAGCCAGCUCCCCGACAACCUGCCUCUUCGACAAUUGGUGGCCUCCUCGCCGAGAUCAAUUCGGAAGAGAAACCUAAGCAAGCUAAAGAGCCAGAGAGAGCCCCCGAAACCCCGGAGGAGACCGAGCGUAGGCUACGUAAGGAAGCGCGGCGGAAGCUGCAUGUGACUUGGAAACCAGACGAUGAGCUCACUGAGAUCCGAUUCUUGGAGCACGAUACGGCCGAGGAUAAAGGACGCGAUGAUAGCAUGCUGCGAGAUGCCCGAGAUAACCGUUCUGAAGGUCAAGCACUGAGAGCGUCAAUCCAACGUGAAAAGCAAGGUGUAGCCGAAGAGGAUGACGAAACCCGGGAGAAAGCAAAGGAUCUUACUCUGAAGAACUGGUACGAACCUGUCCCUUAUUCGGAUGAAAAGAGCCAGAUAUCUCAAAAGCGGCGAGAGGAGAUGUUUACUUCUAGAGGUGGCAUGCGUCCAGUCGAGUCCAGGCAAAGUAAGGUUAUGCAAGAGUACGAAAACCGAGAGUUGAUGUCCAUUUACACAAGCUUCACGGAAAUUCCCGAGACGCCUAGAUCGCCAACCGGUAGGGUCGCGGAGGUCAUAGCACAACCUAAAAUUCAAACUCUGCCAUCAGAGCCACACCGAUGGAACGAAUCUCUGUCAGCGACUAGCAGUAAACACGCGGAGAUUCAGCAUCGUUGGUCUGACUACAUGAAUUAUGGACGCGAGGCAGCACGAAUCAAUGCUCUCUACAGGAUGAAUCGUCUGAAUAGUUCGAUGAAUCCUCCUAACGCGGUGCCUACUUACAGUGGGCGAGACGACGCAGCGGAGGUGCUUGCCUUGCUACAAUCCGACAAGGUGAAGAAUUAUGUAGAUCCAGAUCCAUUCGACCCGGCGUACCCCAAGACUCAUCGUCGACACGAUUAUGGAGGUCCUAAAGUCCAAGCAGAUGUCGACGCUUUGGAGGACACGUUCGCAAAGUUUAUGAGCAAUCAAGCGCCCCUUAACCAGCCCCCCGUGCAUCAGGCGUACACUAGCCAGCAAUAUCAACAGCCGGCUCAGUUGCAACAGUUUGCGACACAACAGACCCAAGUGCAGCAGCAACUUCCACCAGAGUACCUAGACGCUCUGCAGAAGAUCAACGCUCUCAGUACCGCGCAAGCUUUCCAGCCAAGCGUUCAGCCUGCGCAGCCUGCUGUAGCCCCUUCGCCUCAGAUGAACCAGCAGUCUUUCUUUGCUGCAUUAGGUCAACUGUCAGGGCCAUCACUUCAACCAGCUCAACCAGCUCAGCCAGCCAAUUCUUUGCAAGGGCUACAGGGCAUUCUAGAUGCACUCAAGACGGCCUCAGCACCUGCGUUUCCUCAACCCCAAAUCAAUACUAAUGUUGGCAAUGACGCUACUUCCCAUAGCAGUUCUCAGAACUAUUGGUCAGACUGGUCCCAGAACCAGAUGCAACCUCAAAUUCAACCUCAAAUGCAAUCUCAGACCAGUCAGGGAUACGCUGGCUACGGCCAACCCCAGCAUAACCAAGGGUCGACCGCGCCGGGUCAGCACGAUAGCAACGAGCGGGGCAAUCGCAGAGAUUUCCGAGGCAAUAGGGAACAGAAGAGCAUCAACCGCUCGCUCAUCGGCACAAAACCGUGCUCGUUCUGGGCGAAGGGCCAGUGUGCUAAAGGCAGCAAUUGUACGUUCCGGCAUGAUCCAAAUGAUCUUCAGAGCCAGAACCAGAACCAGGAGUCACCUCACACAUACUACUAA